AUGUUUCAUGGUUACCGUCAUCGAUUAGCAGGGGGUAUUAUGAAACCUCUUCGAUCGCAAGCAAGAAAUAUUGUUUUCAAUGUUUAUCAAAGAAUACUUGAUGAACAAGGUGCAGAACAAACACAAUCGAUAUUGAGCCAUGUGCAAGCGUUGAUUGGCGUUUCUAAUACUACCAUAAGACGAAUUGCUCCUGAAGGCAGAUCUAACAGAGGCGUAUUUAGUACGCCCGGUAAAAAGAGGAAAGGUGGCAAAAAAAAUAAACUUGGAUAGUUUUGAUUUAGAACUGAUCAGAAACAAAAUAAAUGAGUUUUACACUGUA